AUGGUGAUGAUGCUGCCUGGAGCUUUAGAAAAGCGACAUAAAAAGGCUUCGCGCAAGCCAGCGCGUUUCCCAGGGUUUUUUUUUUUAUUUAUCAUUCCUCGCUGCUCCGAGAAAACACACCAAUCUUUGCAGUUAAAGAGGGAUCGCCAGGAUUCCCCCGAGCAAGGAUCCCGUCCCUGGCCACAACAUGGAGAAGCAUGCUCUCUCUCCCUUCUCCUCCUCCCCAAAUCGACAGCCCGCCACCAACGGCCUGGGCCUCGAGCUUUUCCCUGCGAACAAAGGAGGGGCGAGAGAAGGGGGGCGUCCUGCCCCGAGGGCUCCAAUCCGGGCAGGCAGGCAGGGAGCGAGGGCCGGGGACGACUUCCACGUCCCCUCGCGAAGAGCUUCCCUUCGGAUGUGGCGCGCCGCGGGGCGCGCUUGCUAGCCGUGCGCCAGGGGCCGCUGCGUCGGGUGGCUGGAGGCUGCGGAGCGCAGGGCCGGCGGCGCAAAGCCCCUUCCUCCUCCGCCUCCUCCUCCUGCUCGGCUGCCUUGGCGGGGCUCUCGCCUCCUUCCCUCCUUCCCUCUCCUCCUGCCUCUCCCCGAAGGGCCCCUCCUAAUCCCUCGCUCGCCGCAGCGGGAGGCCUUAAGCUGCCUAUUCAGGCCCUUUCCUCGGCGCGCUCUGGCUCUCGGCGCUUUCAAUGGCUCUCCCUGGCAGGAGACGUGUUGGACAAGUGGAGGGAUCCGUCCCCCGCCAGCAAGGUCAAGGAACCGACAUCUGGGUCAGAAGAGCACUGGAAAUAGUGUGUGCGCAUACGCACAGGCUCUCCUCCGACCAAGAAGAACGCUGGAAAUAGCUUGAGCGCACACACGGGCACGCAUGCUCCGGCCCACCGGAGCCGCAGCGGCUUGAGGACAGGAAAGGGCACGACUGGGCAGCUCUGUAGGUUUUUAAGCCCUCCAUUUUUAAAACAGAAAACAGCUGGUUUAUUUCAUCUUACUCAGAUUGCUACAACUUGUUUUGAUUUAGGAGACUUCUGCAUUGUGCCACAAAAGAAAUACAAGUGCGUGCAUUGUUAUCAUCUUGUGACAAGUCACCUGGGUUCUGGACCCUCUGCUACGCGCCAUCGAGAUCAAAGGUUGUAUUACCUGAACCAGACAAGAACUGCCUGAAAAAUGAGGCCUCUUGGAUGGAUUUGCCAUGCUACCAAGUUGUUUCUGCUUUAAAGCAGUAAGGCUGCCUCUCCCAACCCCUAUAUUCCUGGCUGCUACAGGGGGUAGCCCUCCUGUUGGUUUGCAAUUUGGGGGCGUGUGGCAACCCCAUCAUGGAACACUGUUUUCCCCCCCUUGGUGGUUUGCUAGGGGGCUUAAAUAUUCUGCACAUUUCAAGCAGGAUUCAAGCUCAGUGUAGCCUCCCAAGUGGGACCAGGCAUUUCAUGAGGCUGCCCGAAGGAAAGGCCUCAUCUCCUCCCUCUCUGGCGCGCAUGCCUGCCGAUGUCUAGGAAAGCAAAGCAUGUAAUGUGAAGCCGUGUGCUCUUCCGUUUCCCUGCACCACCCUGUCGCAGUGUGACGGCAUUGCGCUCUGCAUGUUUUACUAGGCGUGCUGAGGAGGGAGGAGGAUGAGAUCCAGGGCCCAUUGCUUUCAGUGGCCAUCGUGUCUCCCUUUCUGGCCCAAAGCAAUUCUUCCCACAGAUCCUGUAUCUUGUGUCAACCUGAUGGGCUCUUGGGUUUCGACAGCAGAGGCGUACCUAGACUCUCUUGCACUCUAAGCAAAGAGCAGGAGUGCCAAAUUGAAUAAAAUAUGGGGGGGGAGGAAGGUAAGCCCCACCCUACAUAAUCACAUGAUAUGGUGCAUGCACAACAUUUGAAUAACAAUGCUUAUCAACUUUCGGGGUGGCCCCCUUAAAUAUUUUAUGGGGGGAAGCCCCCUCGGCCCCUAGGAGUUCGCUUCUGUGGCAAGGAGCUGUUCCUGCACACACACACCUAUCCCUUGUACCCUGGGCAGGGAGAUGUAUUGGUGCCCCCCUAAUCCUUUGCAAGGGACGCGGGUGGCGCUGUGGGUUAAACCACAGAGCCAGGACUUGUCGAUCAGAAGGUCGGCGGUUUGAAUCCCCGCGACG